AUGGAAGAAGAUGAGGAGGAAGAGGCUGAGGCGGACGAGGAUGGUGAAGACGCCAUAGACGAUGCCGACGGACUGGAUGAUGCCAAUGAGGGCGGGGAUGCUCAGCUUGGAUCCCGCAUCCUGGCGCGAGUGGCAGAAGGCAAGCAAACGGAUCUCAACGCGCUGAAGCAAGAGAUUCAGGAUGAUGCCAGCCUUCUAGGUCAGUGGAGGAAGGCGCAAGAGUUGGGUGAGAAGCGCACCAGGGAAGAGGUCUUUAAAGGCCUUGUCGCCAACUGCUCUACCUACUUCGGGUAUUCAGAAGAGCUGGCCGAGUACUUUCUGCAGAUGUUCAGCCCGGAAACGGCAAUCAAGUUCUUCGAGGCCAACGAGCAGCAACGGCCAUUGACUUUGCGGACCAACACACUCAAGGCACGGCGCUCGUCCUUGAUGCAGGCGCUGACGCAGCGCAAGGUCCAAGUUGAUCCAGUCGGAAGUUGGACCAAAGUUGGUUUGAAAGUUUAUCAGUCACAAGUUCCUGUUGGCGCGACUCCCGAGUACCUGGGUGGCCAUUACAUGAUUCAGAGUGCAUCUUCGUUUAUUCCAGUGAUGGCGUUGGCUCCACAACAGGGUCAUCUGGUUAUGGGAGAGAGCAGUCGCCGGUGUCCCCGAACACGUCGGACGAGUGCGCUGAGAAAGGUUCUCAUACUGUACACUGGUGGCACAAUUGGUAUGGCCCGUGGUGCUGACGGGAGCUUAGGCCCAAUACGUGGGGCACUGAAGAAGCGACUGCGGUCUGUGGACGAGCUCAAUCAGGAUCUUUUUCCACAGUGUUUCUUCGAUGAGUUUGACCCGCUGUUGGACUCCGCUGACAUGUGCCCUGAAGAUUGGUGCACCAUGGCUUCGUGCAUCGAGCGUCAUUACUACGAUUUUGACGGCUUUGUCGUCUUGCAUGGCACGGACACGAUGGCCUACACUGCAUCGGCACUUAGCUUCAUGCUUGAGCAGCUCUCCAAGCCGGUCAUUCUUACAGGCUCUCAGCUUCCAAUGGAGGAGCCAUUGACAGACGCCCGCUCGAAUCUGCUGCGGGCUGUCAUCAUAGCAGGUCGAGCAGAUUUGACGGAGGUUUGCAUCUUCUUUGGUAGCAAGCUCUUCCGGGGAAAUCGCUGCAAGAAGCUGGAUGCGAACGCUUUGACGGCCUUCGACUCACCCAAUUUUCCUGAGUUAGCCGUCGUUGGAACAGAGGUCAAGAUUCAUCACCGGCUGCUGUGCAAUCCACCCAAAGGAAGAUUCCGCGUACAUCUGAUGACGGUGACGGACAUCAUUGUUGUUUGUGUGGUACCAGGUUUUUCCGAUGGCUUCUUUGACAGCGUGGCUACAGCAGGAAAUGUGAAGGGCGUUGUUCUCAUGCUUUACGGUUGCGGAAACGCGCCUGCACGCAAGACGAGCUUUCUGGCUGCCUGCUCCAAGCUGGUCACUGCUGGAAUUGUCGUGGUGGCCUGCUCUCAGUGUAUACAUGGCAAUGUGGAGCUGGAUAAGUACGCAGUGGGUCGUGCAAUUGCAGACUGCGGCGUGAUUCCUGGCCAUGAUAUGACUGCAGAGGCUACUGUCACGAAGUUAGCAUACUUGCUGUCCAAGGGUCUUUCCCCGGGCGAGUGCCGCAAGGCUAUGCAAGACAACUUGCGCGGUGAAAUGUUCUCGCCUGCGAAGACUUUAGACGUUUCUUCCUCGUGGAUGGAUUUGCCAAGUCCAUCAUGA